AUGCAUGAUUUCCGUCGUCGAAACGCAGAUACCGAUACCCUACUCCGCUUCAUCUUUCAUGCGCACAUGUCCUUAUGCAUAGGCCGCUCCAAGACUUCUGUACGUACCGGCACUCGCGCUCUCCAGGUCAUCCGACAGAUAUAUUGGGAAGAGAAACGAGCCAUUUCGUCGUGGCCACGUCUCCCUACAUUUGACGGGAGAGUCCCCAUCCAACUGAUUCGAGACAACUCCGUUCCCCACGUUAAAAAGGCGGUGACGCUGCAGCCUAUCCACACAUCCUAUUCUCUCAUUCCCCACAUGCACAACGCCCCGCGCUUGCAACGGCAACUGCAACUGCACCUGCACCUGCACCUGCACCUGCGCCUGCACCUUCGAAUGACGAAUCCCGGAGCUUCCAACCCCUCUCCCUCCCAGCAAGUAUCCCCACCGAAGCCCAAGAUGGAACAUAAACCUCCAGAACAUAAUUUUAAGAACUUCGUCGAGAAUCAUGGGGCAUCUCCCGCAGUCCAGCAGCCCAUCGAGACAUUCAAUCCCUCUGUUUUUGACGAAGUCUUAUCCUGCAAGGUUUUCACCGUUUGGCUGCUCCAGAACGAGCCCACAUCAUCCUGGGGCCACUAUCACACUAAACCGCAUCACGACACCCCUCUAUCGCCCCCCCCCCCUUUCUUCCAGAACCAAACCUUCAUCACCUCUAUUCAGAAACAAAGUCAACGGUCAACUAUCCCUCUACAGACUGAGGUUUAUUACCUUUCCGACUUCCCUGAAGAAUCAUCGGGACGAGGCAUGUCGCGCAUUAUCCGCCUCAAACACCCGGCUAUUGCCCGGAAGGUUGCCCAGCGGCGCAAUUCCUCCUCGUCUUCUUCCCUCGACCUUUCCGAUGAUGGGGGCUACUCCGGAGUCGAGGACAUUAGCGAUUCCGAGGACAACGACGAGAAAGAUGUCGAUGCGGCCGAGGAGGAACACAUCAUAACCCGCGUAUUGCAACCUAGCAAUCAGAGUUCCCCUCGGUCGCACUCCCUUGACCAAGAUGACCAGGCGGAUGCUGAAAAUGACGAUGGCCAGGACGCCGACGCCGACACCGACGCCGACGAUGACGAUGACGAUGAUGAUGAUGACGAGGAGGAUGAAGACGACGAAGAAGAAGAAUAUGACGAUGAUGGCCAAGUCGGUGCUGUUGACGAACCAGCCAGUGUUGACCUAGAUGAUGGCGCGAGCUGGGACGGCAUCGUCUCCGAAGUCGACGAGGCGGCCAGCUCGGACAAUCAUGCCACGCCCUAUCGUGCUGCUCCUGAACGGCACGUCCGCUUCGUGGACGUGCCCUCCAGUGAUUCUGACUCUACCGACACGGAUGAUGACCACGCUGAUUUCUUCCCUGAUCUGUUUGUCGAUCAGAGCUCUCUGGACCCGUCCUUCCGCCGGGAAAUUGAACAAGAUGACGAUGCGAGUUCGACCACGUCGGGCUCUUGCUGGGACUUCCACGGCGUCUACGAGUACAAUCUUAGCGGCGACGCCGAUGUGGAGGCCAUCACCAUCAUUCAGGAGCUCGAGGAGGACGUCACCCCUGUAGCCACUCGUUUCCCUCUCCAAGACGCUCCUGACUUGUUGCCCGCCGCUGAUCCGGUGCCAUCCCAUGAUGAUGUCCAAGAGCUGGACGGUUACGAGACGGAUGGCGACACCACUGAGGAAGAAGAAGAUAUGCCGCCCCCAUCUGUGCGCCGGAGACAAAUGCAGUCCGCACGGGCGGUUCAGUCUGAUGAGUCCGACACCGGCAAACCCAUCAAGGGUCGCCGUGGCCAACCGCGCGUGGGCCGCUUCCAUCUCGAUAGCUCGGAGAGGAAACCUAUUGCUGUGGUGAACCCCAUCUCGAGGAAGAUGAUGAUCUUCACGCCGCAUAGGCGACGCCAGCUGGACCUCUCCCCCGAACAAUUCGAGCUGUCUCCCUUCGGGCUGCAGCCGUCUCCGAUGGUGGGCAACUCGGCCCAUAUCAUGAUGAGCGCCAUGUCCUCGACCGGGUUUGCCUUGGGCGACUUCUUCGACACGCACACCAUGGGGCCCGCCGAAGCCUUCUUCCCCGCGGACGACAGCUCCGACAUGGGCAUGGACAUGGAAGACGAAGACGACGCCGAGAGGAGUCUCGACAUUGACGAUUUCAUCACCUUCGAGGCCGGGUCCCAGGCCGACGAGCCCGCCGGAGACGACUGGUGCCGCAGCGACGCCCUCGCUUCGACCCCGGCCCGGCCGACGACCGCGUCGAGCGACAUCGACAUGCUAUCGCACAUCAACGCCAGCAACGUCGGCGCCUUCCGCCGCGACCAGAUCAACCAGCGCCUCAUCCUCAGCGAGAAGGCCACGCAGGACUCGCUCGCCUUCAGCAGCCCUUACAACUACACGGCCCUGCGCGGCAUCAAGUCGGACCGCUUCGAGACCGCCGCGGUUCCGCUGACGCCCAUGAGGCGGCAAAAACGGCAGAUGCAGGAAUUUGCCCGCAGCCCGCUCGAAUCGGUCUCUCAGAAGCGCAAGGCGUCCGGCGAACAUUCGGCCGGUCAUAAGCGGCAUAGGAGCAUCUCCGACGUCAAUCAGCUCCGCAUCUGAUGGAGCUGUGUCGGGUGGAUGGGCGGUAACCCCGGUGAUGAGUUUGAUGGUAACCGUCGCCGGGUCCCAUCCAAACAAACCAAAAACGACCGAGGAUGGCAUGGCUUUGUGCUCCCUGGAAAACGGGGACGUAGUACAAGCCAUCCCUGGCCUCGAGAACUCUUCGUACAUGAGCUUUUCCCCCUUUUCUUUGUAAAUGUCUAAUGUCUGAUGAAUUUUUUUUUUAAUUCCUGUGUCUGCUUCGUGGUAUCCUUACCUUGAGUUGCCUGUCGGCCCUCCUGGGCUGGCUCACGAAAGCUGCCCUCCUACAUAAGAGCUGAAUAUAGGAUGCAAUAGAUAAAACUUUGAUGC